AUCAUUAAAAAUACGAAACAUUGUUUGAGAAAUAGCGGUUGCCUUGGCAACCUCUGGCGUGGGAUUGUUUGAGGAAAUGAACGCGUGAGCAUGGCUCUUCAACACUGGGCAGACACUCUCAGGAAAGCCAAGAAAACUGCGUUACUGUCUGAUGGGAAAAGGAAAGUUCAUUAUCUGUUUGAAGAUGGCGAUGAGAUGGCUGAGGAGUAUGACCUGAAAACAGAUCAACUUGUCUUGCGAAAGUGGCGACAUAAAAGCACUUUUGGAGGCCAGGGACAGUGGACAGUGGAAGCUGGAGAAACCAACCCAAACGGUGUUACCUCCGAUUUAAUAAAAGAGAGCAGUUCAAAUCCAUUGUUCAUGCGUAAGGACACAAAGACCAGUUUCCAGUGGAGGAUACGGAAUAUUUCUUACCCUGUAGAAGUCUACAGUGUAUCAGCAGAGCCAGCAGAGAGAUGUUGUGUCAUCCGAACCUCAAACAAAAAGUACUAUAAGAAGUUCAGUAUUCCAGAUCUCGACCGUUGCCAGCUGCCUUUGGAGAGCGCAGCUCUGAGUUUUACCCACGCCAACAACACUUUAAUCAUCAGCUACAAGAAGCCCAAGGAGAUUUUAGAACUGGAACAGGAGCUGCUUGGGGAACUGAAGAAACUGAAGGGGACAAGUGAAGGAGAUAUUGAUUGUAAAACUCAGUGAACUACUACAGAUCCAGAGCCUUUGCAUUGUUGUAAUUUUCUGGCUGUUAUUCUUCUUGUUUAUUUAGAUUUAGAGUCUCAUAUUGGCAUGUUUCUGUCAGCCUUGUGUGUUCAACCAACUCGCUUUCAAUGUGUUUUUUUUUUUUUUUCAAUGUAAAAUUUCAAAUGUUAUGCUGAUUGAUGUUCCUACUGCACAAUUGUUCUUUGAAUAAAUGAAUAAAUAAUACAAAUGAAAAGAAAAAAACUAUUAUUUUUAUUAUUAAAAUUAUAAGUUUGCUUUAUUUCAACUAUUCCCACACUAUACAGUACCUAAGAAAUAAUCAUCUAAAGACUUAAUCAUAAAAUAAUUAAAGCAGAUGCAUAGGAAAUAAAAAAUAACAAUAAAAUGAAAGACAUAGGAAAUAAUCUGCAAAAAAUACAUAAAAAGAAAACAAAAGAGAACAAUAUAAAAAUAAAAUGAUACAGUACAAUCCAUAGCAUGCAGCAAAUGUACUUUCAGUGAAUGUACAGCUAAAGACAAUUGAAGCAAAUUUAUAAAAUGACAACUUAUGUAUUUAGCAGUAGUACAGUUGCAUAAUUAUUGGAUUUUCAUCAUCAAAUUUAUAUUAGAUGAAGGUCACUAACCUUGAGCCUCAGUGUGCUGUAAUCACUGCCCUCUCGACUCAUCCGUUUUCCUGAAGUGCAUCGUGGGAAAAUUAAACAUUUCCUUCAUCUGGGUUCCUUGAUUUUAUCUGUAUUCACCUCAUGUUUAUGUACAAUGUUUGGCAUGGACCACAGUGCUGUUGUUUGGGUUUCUACUUUAAAUAGAAUACUACAAACAAACUCUUUGUUGGUUUAAGGUAAAGACAACAAUACCAAGUGAAUAUAC